AUGAAAUUUGGUGAGCACCUGAGCAAGUCUCUUAUCAGGCAGUAUAGCUAUUACUACAUUAGUUACGAUGAUUUGAAAACAGAGUUAGAAGAUAACUUAUCUAAGAAUAACGGUCAAUGGUCGCAAGAACUAGAAACAGAUUUUUUAGAAUCUUUGGAGAUCGAGCUGGACAAAGUUUACACAUUUUGUAAAGUCAAACACAGUGAAGUCUUUAGACGUGUGAAAGAAGUUCAAGAACAAGUGCAACAUACUGUUCGUUUAUUGGACUCAAAUAACCCUCCCACGCAAUUAGAUUUUGAAAUCCUAGAAGAAGAGCUAAGUGAUAUCAUUGCUGAUGUUCAUGAUCUAGCCAAAUUUUCAAGGUUAAAUUACACUGGUUUUCAAAAAAUCAUAAAAAAGCACRAUAAGAAGACAGGAUUUAUUUUGAAACCAGUUUUCCAAGUUCGGUUGGACUCCAAACCAUUCUUCAAAGAAAACUACGAUGAAUUAGUCAUCAAGAUCUCUCAAUUGUAUGAUAUCGCUAGAACCUCAGGACGCCCAAUAAAGGGUGAUUCAUCAGCAGGUGGAAAACAACAAAAUUUUGUUAGACAGACGACAAAGUACUGGGUUCACCCUGAUAACAUCACGGAAUUGAAAUUAAUUAUUUUGAAACAUUUGCCCGUCUUGGUUUUCAACACAAACAAGGAAUUUGAAAGGGAAGAUUCCGCAAUCACUUCUAUUUAUUUCGAUAAUGAAAAUAUGGAUCUUUAUUAUGGUAGAUUAAGAAAAGACGAAGGUGCGGAGGCUCAUAGAUUAAGAUGGUACGGGGGUAUGUCUACUGACACUAUAUUUGUAGAAAGAAAAACCCAUAGGGAAGAUUGGACUGGUGAAAAGUCCGUCAAGGCAAGAUUUGCGCUAAGGGAACGUCAUGUUAACGAUUUCUUGCAGGGCAAAUAUACUGUAGAACAAGUUUUUGCUAAAAUGCGUAAAGAGGGUAAAAAACCAAUGAACGAAAUUGAAAACCUGGAAGCUUUGGCAUCUGAAAUUCAAUACGUCAUGUUAAAGAAAAAAUUAAGACCUGUAGUGAGAUCAUUUUACAACAGAACUGCUUUUCAAUUACCUGGUGACGCAAGAGUUCGUAUUUCUCUUGAUACCGAGUUAACUAUGGUAAGAGAAGAUAAUUUCGAUGGUGUUGAUAGAACCCAUAAGAAUUGGAGAAGAACCGAUAUUGGUGUUGACUGGCCAUUUAAGCAACUAGAUGAUAAGGAUGUUUGUCGUUUCCCAUAUGCAGUCUUGGAAGUUAAGUUGCAAACUCAACUAGGCCAAGAACCUCCAGAGUGGGUGCGUGAAUUGGUUGGAUCCCACUUGGUCGAACCCGUUCCAAAGUUCUCCAAAUUUAUUCAUGGUGUAGCUACUUUAUUGAAUGAAAAAGUAGAUUCAAUUCCAUUUUGGUUGCCACAAAUGGAUGUGGAUAUCAGGAAACCCCCAUUACCUUCAAACAUUGAAAUAACAAGACCAGGCAGGUCCGAUAACGAAGAUAACGACUUCGAUGAAGAUGAUGAAGAUGAUGCUGCUUUGGUUGCUGCCAUGACAAAUGCUCCUGGUAAUUCCCUUGAUAUGGAAGAAUCCGUUGGAUACGGGGCUACUGCGGCUCCUACUUCCAACGUUAAUCACGUUGUAGAUAGCGUUAAUUCUGCUUAUUAUCAAAGAAAAAUUAGACAUGCAGAAAACCCUGUUACCAAAAAAUACUACGAAGUUGUGGCAUUUUUUGACCACUAUUUCAAUGGUGACCAAAUAUCCAAAAUCCCAAAAGGUACCACGUUUGAUACUCAAAUUUGUGCCCCCCCAGGAAAGACAAUAUGUGUCCCAGUUCGUGUGGAACCAAAAGUUUACUUUGCCACUGAAAGAACAUAUCUGUCUUGGUUAUCCAUCUCGAUUUUACUGGGUGGUGUUUCGACUACCCUAUUAACCUAUGGUUCACCAACAGCCAUGAUCGGCUCAAUUGGGUUCUUUAUUACAUCUUUGGCUGUGUUGAUACGUACUGUUAUGGUUUAUGCUACGAGAGUGGUGAAUAUUAGACUAAAGAGAGCAGUUGAUUAUGAGGAUAAGGUUGGACCUGGCAUGGUUUCUGUGCUCCUAAUCAUAUCUAUUUUGUUCUCUUUUUUCUGCAACAUAGUUGCUUAA